CAGAAGGGCCCUGGAGCAACACUGGGUGACUCUCUCCUUACCACCUGAGGUGAGGUCAGUGCCCUGCCUGCUACCAACACCACUUUUCAUGGGCCACCCUGAGCUUCGGCUUCUCUCACCCAGCUGUGGCUUUGCAUGGUCCCCACUGCUCUUGUCAGUGGGCCCGUCCUCAGAGUGGAAUGGGGACCAGUUGAAGGGUGCAGGGAUCGUCCUUUCACUCUUGUCCCCCUAUGUGUCAGGCUCAUGUGAGAAGCCGAGACCAGGCUGUCCAAGGCUCUCUUUUCAUACUUCAUCAAGUCUGAGUCCCAUGUCCUCCCAACAGCCCAACUCUUGUCUUGGUUCCGCUCUGAGUCCAGUCUCCUCUCCAUCCCAUCCCCCAAUCUCAUCCCCAAAGACUGUCUCAGAAGCCCCAAGCAGCCUUGCCUCCUAGCCUAACAGCUGGAGAUACUGGCGCUCCCAGGGAGGAGUUUUAUGAUGGAUCCGCCAAACCUAGUUCCAUCUCCUGGCUUCCCUGGCUCUGUCCCUGGCAUCCCAGGUCCCUGAUCACAGAGACCACAAACCUCGGACACUUGGGUCUUACCUUUCGUGCUUGAUCUGUGUGUGGCCUGGGUCACCCGUCCUGGUCCUCUCUGCCUCCACAGACACGAGCACGACCCCAAUCGUGAGUGCCUCCUCCAGCUUGGCAUCCCCGCUGCCUCACACCUCACCCUAGUCCUGACCCUGCCACAGCCCCAGCUCUGCUUGUCCCGUCAGCCACCAGACUGUUCAUUUCUGUAGCUCUGUUGCUGGAGCUGGCGCUAGGCUGCUUGCUCCUCCUCUUCCCCGGGAAGUGCCCUCCCCUCCUUUUAGGGCCAGCACUCCAGCUCAUGUUCCAAGGCCUCAGCCUGGCUCUGAGAAGUUCCUGCACACAAGGCCAAAGAGUGCUGUCAGCACAGUUCCCGCGGCAUGGCCCAAGCGGGGCUGGACACAGCUGGACUGAGUAGAGCUUCAAGAAGCAGGGAUUCUGAAGAAGAGGGUUGUUCGGGGCUUCUCGAGAGCCAGAACCAGCUCCAGAGAAGAAGGCUUUGCUCUCUCUGCGACGGGCCCCAGAGAGGAAGUUGUUACAGAUAAAUAGAACCAGGCACGCCAGCUCCUGACACAUCCAUCAAGACCAUGGGACAGAACUGGAUACCAGAUUGCAGCCCUUUGCUGGUCCUGCUUUUGUGUGCCCACAUGAUCUGUCACCUGGUUGGAGCCACACCUGUACCUCAGGCCACUGCCACUGCCUCAACUGGGGUCACAGAGGACCCCUGCCCCUCCUGGCUCCCAAGAGCUAAGCGGUGCCCAGCAUUGGAGGUGACCUGGCCAGAAAUGGAAAUCCCACUGAAUGGAACGCUGACCUUGUCCUGUACCGCCUGCAGCCACUCCACCUUCAGCAUCCUCUACUGGAUGGGCAAUGGCUCCUUCAUCGAGCACCUCCCAGGUCGGCUACGAGAGGGCAGUACCAGCAGGGAGUACCAGGGUGCACGCACCCAGCUGCGGCGAGCCUUGGCGUUAGAGGAGCUGAGUCCCACCCUGCUCAACACCAACUUCUCUUGUGUCUUUGCUGAUGCUGACCAGACCACCCAGCGUCAUGUCAUCCUGGCCCAGCUCUGGGCUGGGCUGAAGACCGGUCUGCCGUCUACUCAAGAAGCCCCACCCUCCAGCAGGUCACCUCUGCCUCGUCAUUGCGACAGGUGAAUUCCCAAGCCUGGUUGAGUCAUCGCCUCUUCCCUGGGGUCUACACGCUCUUGCAGCUCAGGCCUCCCUCUAACGGACUGUCGCAGGGAAGGGAUGGGCUAAAUGCUGCUUCUGAUCCACAGCUGCAUCCUUGUCACACCCGGCAGGGCCCACAGUGGGCGUGCAUAAAUGAUUUUUCACUGGA